CUUUUUCCCCCGGUGGGGAGGGGGACGGACUAAGUUUGCAAGAAAGCAAGAAGACGGGAGAUCCCCCUCCUCUUCCCCCCCUCCCUUCCUUUCGUCCUUCUCCCCACCGCUGCAAAACGUUUUCUCAAAGAUGCUGUCUUCAGCCUCCAGCGUCUUGGUCCUCCUGAGCUCCUGCUUGAUCGCCGCCAGCCGAGGAAACCUUUCGCAUGACCGGAGCCAGCCCACAACGCAGGACGAGACAGUGGUGGCCGGCAGCAAAGUGAUUCUCCGCUGCCAGGUGGAAGAUCAUGAAGAGUCCAGCCUGCAGUGGUCCAAUCCGGCCCAGCAGACGCUCUACUUCGGAGAGAAACGAGCACUGCGAGAUAAUCGAAUUCAGCUGGAGAAGUCGACGCCCUACGAACUGACGAUCAGUAUCGACAACGUGUCUCUGGCAGAUGAGGGAGAGUACACCUGCUCCAUCUUCACCAUGCCCGUGCGGACUGCAAAGGCCAUCGUCACUGUUCUGGGAAUUCCACGGAAGCCCCAGAUCUCUGGCUACAGGGAGCCUCUUAAAGAAGGGCAGACAGCCAAACUGACAUGCGUCUCCUCAGGCAGCAAGCCUGCAGCUCAGCUCCAGUGGCAAAAGGGGGGCAAAUCACUGCUCGGUAAAGAUCCCGAGGUGGCAGAAGACAGCAACGGGAAGACGUUCACUGUCACCAGCCAUGUCGACUUUGAUGUCACGAAAGAUGACAAUGGCGUGGACGUCACCUGUACGGUUCGUCAUCCUUCACUGCCAAACUCAGCCACAUCGACUACUCUGAAGAUAGAAGUCUUUUAUGUGCCUGUCGCUUCGAUUGAGCCCCAACCCACGUACCCACGAGAAGGAGACAACCUGAAGCUGUUGUGUGAUGGACAAGGCAACCCAACCCCCCAGGAGUUCAUUUGGCGGAAGGAGGGUAUUGACACGCCCUUGACAGUGACCCAAGACAAUAUGCUGCUCAUCCCCUCUUUGAACAAAAGCGACAGUGGGACCUACAUCUGCAGCGCCACCAAUAUCAUGGGCACCUCAGAAGCGAGGUACAACCUGGCUGUUAAUGAUGCUAGUCCAGUGGCACACAGCUCCAGCACGUACCACGCCAUCAUCGGGGGAGUGGUUGCCCUCAUCGUCUUCCUGCUCCUUAGCCUGCUCAUCAUUCUAGGACACUACUUGAUCCGGCACAAAGGUACCUACCUGACCCACGAGGCCAAAGGUUCAGACGAUGCCCCCGAUGCCGAUACAGCCAUCAUCAAUGCGGAGGGAGGUCAAACCGGAGGCGACGACAAGAAGGAGUAUUUUAUCUGAGUGGGGAGGGCGGGGCGUGCAGCAGGGCAGCAGGGGGGGCAAGUGGCAAAUUGGGACCCGACCUCAACUGAACGACAAAUGGAACCCACCCAACCGAUACGUCAAUGGAAUUUCUCUCGCGCCCAAGGAAGGAUGGACGGACAGACAGCUGAAGGGUCGACGGAGACCGAGAGCGGCGGCGGACAGCGAAAGAGAAUGGGAGAUCGGCUUGGCUCACAGUGCUUCUUUGAACUUGUAAAAAACAUUGUUACUAAAUGAAAAAAAAAAAACCUGAACAUUGAGAACCCCUCAAAAACCCCUGUUCCCGCUUGCUUGUA